AUGCAGUCCCGGAGCAAGCGACUCUCCCUAGGCAGCAAAGAGCCUCCAGCCGCCGCCGGGCCUCGCUCGCACUCGGCACAAGCUCCUGCAGGAUCCAUCUCCAUGGCGAAGUUUUUGGCUUCGCAGAAUGCGCUCUCUUCGUCCUUCCGAAGCUCUGCGACUGUGGACGUGCCAGUGAUCCUGCGCAGCCUUCUGUCCCGUGGCCUCCUGUCCAGCCGACCGCACAGCUCGCCCUUCUCUGCAGAGCUGGGUCGCAGUUCGGAUCUCGAGGCCAUUCACAACUGGCUCGCAAGUGCCAUGCCAAGCCUUCGAAUCCGCUGUGUGCUGCGUGUGGAGUGCAGUGGAGCAGCAGCUGCAGCAUACAGCAGUGUUUCCUCCACCUUGGGGCCAGAGAGACUGCUUUGGCAUGGAACGUCCUGGGACUGCGUGGGGAACAUUGCCCAGAACGGUUUCAAUCGUGGCUACAGUGGGCGACAUGGAUCAAAGUUGGGACGAGGCAGUUACUUUGCAGAAGAGCCAGCCUUUGCAUUGCGCUUCUGCGGGCGUCGCGAGCCCAAGGCAAUCUUCCUGGCAGGCUCCAGCUACCACGCAAAGGGGUCAAUUUUCGACCGGCAAGUACGAGUAGCAGCCCUCGAUGCCAUGUUCUGCUGCUGUGAAGCAGCGGAUGAACAGAACGUCAGCCUCAAGUUGACUGAGGAGCAGUGCCAAGCACUGCCAGACCCAAGGACGGCACGCGCUCUACAAGAUGAAGCCACAACCGUCGAUGCCAUGUACGUUGUGAGCCUCAGCAUAGAUAUAAGAUCACUGGAGCAAGCACGGGCACCUGGCAUCGUGCUGGAUGCCACCGACUCUGAGUGUCCACUCGUCCGGAGCGUCAGAGAAGACGGACUAGCAGCAACAUGGAAUAGUGUGGCAGAGGAGGGGCGAAGAAUCCGCACCUUCGAUCACCUCGUCGAGAUGAACGGCUUCCGUGGCCCAAGCCUAGAAAUGGCUCGGCUAAUUACUCGCCGUAUUCGCCCCGAAGGCCUGUGUCUGACCCUCCAAAGGCCUUUGGAACGACGGGUCAGGCUUCAGCUGCCAGGGGAAGUGGGCGUAACGCUCCAUUACAAGAAGCACGGCUGUCUUUGCCCCUGGAUAGCCGAGCUCGAUCCGGCUGGGCUAAUGGCAAGGUGGAAUAUGGAGAAGCCGCAAGAGAGAGUUGGCCUCCACGAUCGCAUCCUGGAAGUCAAUGGCACGCGAGGACCUCCGUGGGUACUCAUCGAGGAGGCGAUGUGUUCGUACACGGACAAAGUCCCUACACUCAUAUUGGUCUCACAGGAGGUGUUUCACAGCGCUGCGUUGGCCGUGAAAGCCAUUCUGCAUCCGCUCAGUGCACAAAGCGGCCAUGGAGAGAUGCUUUGCUCUUGUGCGCCAAAGAUCGAGAGCCAGGUUCUGGCCCCAUGCACGCUGAAGGCGGAGGUCCAGGUCCUCUCUCCGAAGAGGCUCUCCGACCCUGGCUAUCCAGAGACCACUUUGACACCACCAUCUUUCCUUCAUCCUGAUGCGAUUCCGGACCUUUUUGAAGCCUCUUGCAGCACAAGUUCCGGCUCUCUCGGGCUGCUCAUGGAUGCCACGGAUCCAUCCUGCUUGAUUGUAAAGACGAUUGAACGACGAGGGGCCAUUCCUGAGUGGAACGAGGUCGCUCCCGAAGGAAAGCGGGUAAGCAAAUAUGACCGAGUUACGGAGGUCAACGGCGAAGGUGGCGAGAGCGAAGAGUUGAUGGAGCGUUUGCUCAGCUUGGACCUCACGCUGUUUACCAUCACCGUCCAAAGACCGGAGGCGCGGCUCGUGAAAUUGCAUUUGCCCGGCGACACUGGCAUGAGCGUGGACUGUGAGAAAGCAAAAUCUGCGGUGCCUUGGAUCAGUCGGAUCUCCAAUGGGCUGCUCAAGAGCUGGAAUGAGGACAUGCCGGAGCAGUCGGUUGCAGUCCACGACCGAAUCGUCUCCGUGAAUGGAUGCGCCGGCUCGAGCGAGCUCAUCCUGGAUCGGUUGGCAUUGGCAGAGAAGACGAUCGAACUCCUG